UAUAAACCGAAGAAGGUGAAAAAGAAAAGUGAAGGAAAUCGAAACUGUAGGUAGGAGGGGUUUAGGAAUGACUCCAGGAAAGAAACCUGCAGGCGAAAGUCGAUGUGAACUGACGGUUUAUUUUCAGAGAAAUGAGCCGAGGCUGCGCAGUGACCUGCGUCCUCUGCGGUCGCUCCCAGGAAUGUCCAAAAACCGGAACCUUAUCGACCAAAGACCAGAUCACGGCGCAUGAGAACUGCCUGCUCUUUGCUUCGGGCAUUUUUUGCACCAGCACGCCACAGUUUGACGACCUGUUUGGCUUCUCUGUCACAGACGUGCAGAAGGAGGUGAAACGAGGACGCAAACUGACCUGUAGCGGCUGCAAAAAAAAGGGGGCCACAGCAGGGUGCGAGGUAGGACGCUGCAAGAGGACUUUCCAUUACCCGUGUGCUGUCGAAGGGGGAGCCAAGACGUUUGAGAAUAAUGACGAUGGGAAAUAUGGACUGUACUGCGUACGCCACAGUAAUACAGAAAAUGGCAGUUCGGAAAAUAAACGCAAAAAGUCCCCAUCCUUCAAGAACCCCGGCGAAGUUGCAUCGCUCAAAGAGUCGUAUUGCCUUACCUGUGAGAAGAAAGAAGGAAAUAUCAGCUUGGAUGGUUUACGUAACACCAUCGUUAUAUCGUACUGUGACAAACAUGCUUCUUCGACUCAACAGAGGAGAGCCAACAAUCCUUCAGCUUCUAGAACCUCAUCUUCUUGCAGCAGUGACUCAUCCAGUGCACCGCUUACUUCUACCAAGAGACAGCUAAGUUUCAAUGAGGAAGAAGAGAAAAGCCCAUCGAGUAGAAGAUCAUUUAAAAGGAAAAGGAUAUUAUCCGAUUCUUCAAACACAGACGAGGAAGGACUUAUGCCUCCAUUAGAGUCAGAUUUGGAGGAUAGUGUGCAGGAGCAAGAAUCAGCUCAGUCCCUUCUUAUCAGCAAGUUCUCUAAAAACCCUCCAGGUUCCUCAGCAGGGAUUCCGGCGGAGAAUGUGAAUGCAGAUGUACACAACGAAGAGAAUGAAACACUCGUACAUUCUGAGAGGGAUAGCAGAGGUCCAAGAGAAAGUGGAGGAAACGUACAGAGAAGAUCCACUAGAAAACACACUGAACUUGAUGCGGAGUCUGAGAGUUUGCUGUCUGGGGUGGCAGUCGGCACCAUGCUUCUCUUAAAUCCUGCACCUGCAGCUGUAACCGAGCAGAGUCGCCACAUUCAGAUGGUAGAGACGGAGGUGCAGACGGUGAAGAGAGAAAUAGAAGAGUUCGUCUUUGAAGAGGAUCCGGUCCACGGUUAUGAAGAACCCGUCCUCAAACCCUCCGUCUCCGUCCCACAGCAGAGCUCCACCACUUCCCCACAGCACUCCAAGCCCAGCAGCUCUGUGCCGUUCUCCAGCUUUAAAGAAGUUCUGCCUGAAUCCAUCUGUGUUACUAUCCCCCCUCCCCCUUCCCCCUCUCCUUCAGAAGAAUGGCCCAUCCCUCUAGCACCUCUACCUAGAGAGGUUGCCUUAGCACAUCCACCAGAACCACCCUCCCCACACGCACCCCUACUCACAGAGCCUGCCGGAACGCCUCCAUCAGACCCAAAGCCUGACAUCGACUCUGCCAGCUUCUGGAGAAACUGCAACGCGGCCGGGUUUACGGAGGCCAUCUUCACCGACUUUAUUACGGAAAUAAACAACAUGUUCAGCAGGAUCCAGGAUGAGCGGGCCAGCCAGGAAGAUUAUGACCGGGCACUUUCGAUGAUAAUGGACUCAGGAAGACUUGCAGACCUUGUUACCAAGCAGGAGGAAGAACUGGAAAGGAGACGAUUGGAGCUGCAGAGGGCGUCAGCGGCUCUGAAGGACGUCGUCUCGGCUCUGCAGAAAUGAUUCCAGCUGCUGGUCUCCAGCUGUUAUCAGUGGUCCUGUUUUAAUGAAAAAUUUGUUAUGUUUUCACUUUGAUGUAUUUUAAUGCUUUUGUAUUUUUCUUCAAUGUUAAAAGUGGUUCGAUGUAGCAGGAGUGUUCACGUUAAUCAUUGUUCAAACAUGCACCCACUGUGUUUACAAAUGGUUUAAUGACACUGUUUUUAGGAGAGCCAAGUCUGUUUACACUCGCACGUUCAUGAUGAUUGUUCGAUUAUGAAUAGUCUGUUUUUUUAAAUUAAAUUCUAAAGUAAAA